AGUGAUUGGUAAAUAGCAGCGCUCUAUCAGGCCAGUCCAAAUGUGAACAUCAUAAGAGUACACUCAGGGAGUGGUGAGCCUGCGUCAUACCUUUAGCUCUCCUUCUCACUCCUAAUCUCGUUUUGGCUAAGUAGUUUAUUGUCCGUUGACUAAGUGGGAAAACCCAAUGGGAAAGGUGCUACUGCAAAGCGGAACUUUUUGAUCAUAGACCGCGGAUUGACAGGGAACAGGGAGAGCAGCCGAGGAAAAGUUACAGAAGAAUUUCGUGGAUUUUUAUAUUAGCAAAAAAAUAAAUAAAAAAGAUUUCACCAAUAUUCCACCGGAAUAUCAUCCCCAGGCUGUCCAUCUUCCUAAAGAGAGGAGUGUUUGAUGUCUGGGUUUCCGCGGUAUGUCUGAGCUCGACACGAUCCUUCCCUCACGAGACGAGACGAGAUGAGACAGCAGGUGCUCGCGCUCAGCGCGCUCGUGUUUCUCUGUGUACCUCAGCCAGUAACUCCACAAACACAAGAAGUUUGCAUGGGCACCAAGAAUACUCUGAGCUCCACAGGCACCCCUGUACAACACUACAACAACCUGAAGGAGCGCUACACUGGAUGUGAGAUCGUCAUGGGCAACCUUGAGAUCACACACAUGGAGAGUGACCUCGACUUCUCCUUUCUUGGAAGUAUCCGAGAGGUCACAGGCUACAUCCUCAUUGCUAUGAACCAUUUCAGCAGGUUGCAGCUGGACCAGCUCAGAGUGAUUCGUGGUAGCAGCCUGUAUGAUAAGGAAUGGGCCCUUUCGGUCUUCCAUAAUUUUGAUAGUCACAGUGGCCUGGAAAAUCUGGGCCUCAACAACCUCACAGAGAUCUUGGCAGGAGGAGUACAGAUUAUCCAAAACAGGAAUCUCAGUUAUUCUCCAUGGAUCAACUGGCAGGACAUUGUCAGAGACAGUAAUGCUCACAUCCAGAUCCAGAACAAUGGAAGAAGAGGAUCCUGUGAUUCUGCGUGUGGAGAGUUCUGCUGGGGUCCACGUAAAGAUCAGUGCCAGAAAUUGACAAAAACAGUGUGUGCGCCACAGUGUCAUGGCCACUGUUUCGGGACCAACCCUAAUGAGUGCUGCCACACAGAGUGUGCUGGAGGCUGCAUUGGACCAAGAGACACAGACUGCUUUGCCUGUCGACAUGUCAAUCACUCAGAUGCCUGCGUCCCUCACUGCCCUUGGCCUCUGGUGUAUAACCGACAGACCUUUCAGCUGGAGCCCAACUCUGAAGCCAUGUAUCAGUACGGUUCCAUCUGCGUACCCAAAUGUCCCGGACACUUUAUUGUGGAUGGCAGUGCAUGUGUGAGCAGUUGCCCUCCUGGUAAAAAAGAAAAAAAGAAAAAUGGCAUUAAGCAGUGUGAACUUUGCAUUGGCCUGUGCCCCAAAGUAUGUGAGGGAACGGGAGCAAGUCAUAGACAGACAGUGGACUCCAGUAACAUAGACAGCUUUAUCAACUGUACCAAGAUCCAAGGAAGUCUACAUUUUCUGAUCAUAGGUAUCAAAGGAGACGUCUAUCAUAACAUACCACCUCUGGAGCCUGAAAAACUCCAAGUGUUUAACACUGUCAGAGAAAUUACUGGAAUUUUGAACAUUCAGUCUUGGCCCGAUGAACUCAGUGAUCUGUCUGUUUUCUCCAGUCUCACUACCAUUCAGGGAAGAUCUCUACACAAGCCCUUCUCUUUGUUGGUGAUGAAGAUUCCCUCCCUCAUGUCUCUGGGUCUGCGUUCCUUGCAUGAGAUCAGCGAUGGCAGUGUGUACAUCACUCAAAAUAAAAACCUGUGUUACCAUCACACCGUCGACUGGAGCCAGAUCGUCACCGGUAACCGUGAAAAUGACAUCAAAGACAACAAACCCCAGGUCAAAUGUGAGGAAGAGGGCCAUGUGUGUGACCCACUGUGCUCGGCAGCAGGAUGUUGGGGCCCGGGACCUGAGCAGUGUUUGUCGUGCAGGAACCACAGUCGGCAUGGCACCUGUGUAUCCCACUGCAACCUCUACUCUGGAGAGCCACGGGAGUUUGCAGCACCGAACGGAGAGUGCCUUGCUUGUCACCCUGAGUGUUUACCCAAAAAUGGGAAACAAACAUGCCAAGGAAAAGGUGCUGAUCAGUGUGCAGCAUGUUCGAACCUGAUGGAUGGCCCUCACUGCGUUUCUACUUGUCCUAAUGGAGUGAAUGGGGAAAAGGGUCAGACCAUAUUUAAAUAUCCAAAUGCAGAAGGUCACUGUAAGCCCUGUCACCUCAACUGCACAAGAGGAUGCACAGGCCCUGCACUCACAAACUGUAUAGAGGUCGACAGACUUGUGAACAGUUCUCAGAUCGCAGGUAUAGCGGUUGCUGUGUUAGCUGGUAUCAUUGUGCUCCUGGGACUGUUUGUGCUUGGUAUGCUGUAUCACAGAGGCCUGGCCAUCCGCCGCAAAAGAGCACUAAGAAGGUACCUGGAGAGUGGUGAGAGCAUGGAGCCGCUGGAUCCAGGAGAGAAGGGGACAAAAGUGCAUGCUCGCAUCCUAAAACCACAAGAGCUGCGAAAGUGCAAACUUCUGGGCCAUGGAGUCUUUGGCACUGUGAAUAAGGGCUUUUGGAUUCCUGAAGGAGACUCUGUAAAAAUCCCUGUGGCUAUAAAGACCAUCCAAGACCGCAGUGGCCGGCAAACCUUCACAGAGAUUACUGAUCACAUGCUUGUGAUGGGAAGCCUGGAUCACCCGUAUAUAGUGCGUCACCUUGGGAUCUGUCUGGGGACGAGUAUGCAGCUGGUCACCCAGCUCAGUCCUCACGGAUCCCUGCUGCAACACCUUCGCCAACACAAAGACAGUCUGGAUCCUCAGCGUCUGCUCAACUGGUGUGUGCAGAUCGCAAAGGGAAUGUAUUAUCUUGAGGAGCACUGCAUAGCCCAUAGGAACCUCGCUGCACGCAAUGUGCUGCUCAAGAGUGAAUACAUAGUACAGAUCUCAGACUUUGGGGUGGUAGACCUGCUGUAUCCAGAUGAUAAGAAAUAUGUGUACAGUGAACACAAGAUGCCAAUAAAAUGGAUGGCAUUAGAGAGUAUCCUCUUCAGAAGAUACACUCAUCAGAGUGAUGUGUGGAGCUACGGGGUGACUGUAUGGGAAAUGAUGUCAUAUGGAGCUGAGCCAUAUGCAUCCAUGCAUCCUCAUGAUGUGCCAGGUCUGUUGGAGAAAGGAGAGCGACUGGCUCAACCACAAAUCUGCACCAUAGACGUCUACAUGGUCAUGGUCAAGUGCUGGAUGAUUGAUGAGAAUGUAAGGCCUACAUUUAAAGAGCUCGCCAGUGAAUUUACGAGAAUGGCCAGAGAUCCACCUCGAUACCUUGUGGUGAAACCUCCUCAGAAUUGCUCUGGUGCAGAUGAAAGCCACCAACGAUAUGUUAAAGGCUCUCAUUUAGAGGUAAACUUGGAGGACGAUGAUGAUGAUGAGGUAUUGCAGAAUGGGUUUGCUACUCCUCCCCUCCAGCUGUCACCAACUAGAAGUCAUUCACGCCUCCGCAUGACCUCCUACAGGGGCACCACAGAACACACAACACUGAUAGGCUAUCUCCCCAUGACCCCAGGGGACGACCCUAGACAGAUGAGAGCCCAGAGCAGGAAGAUGGGUUCAGUGAGGACAGAGUCAGAGUGCUCAGAGGGCAGGGGGACCAUGGUGGACAUUGAACUUAGUUCUCAAACAGGUAGUCUGUACAGAGGUCGCAGUCGUAAGGAAAGCGCCUACAUGUCCAACAGCUUGUCUGUGGCCUCAGAUCCGUUUUCCUCAGGUCUGGAAGGUGUAGACGAGGACCAUUAUGGAUAUGUGUUGCCCACAGAGAAAGCUUCCAGAAGCACUGUUCCUUAUGGAAGAACAUCCAGAAACUCCAAAAGUGCUCUCCCGCCACCGAAAACAGAAGUACAAGAGUAUGAGCUAAUGAACAAACGGCCCCCUCAGCUUUCUACUUCACCCACAGACAGCACUGCACUGAGCAGCCCAUCCACCCCUGCUUCUCCUCACACAUGCAGCAUUUUACCACAGAAGAGAGACACUGCCUCAACACAAACCGAACAGUCAGAUAAGGGCACUAGUCCGUCUGAAGUAGACAGCGUGGAGUCUGCUGCUGCGGCUGCUGCUUGUGAAGGAACAGUAAUAUGUACUGAUGAGACCCAGUCAGAGAGCAUUCCUGCAGAGGAAGAGCCACCACAAGACGUGAUGGUUGAGUAUGAAUACAUGGACAUACGCAAAGACAUACAUCAGCGAAACAGUCCCGUGAGCAGUCCAGAUGAGGUGGAGAGUGACGGCCGAGAAGCGAUUUACCAAAAUGUAAGCGCAAGACAUAGGCCUAAAGAGAAUGAGGAUUCUGAUCUUACUCCACGGCGCAGUGAAUAUGUGGACAUGGAGGCAUCUGGGAUAACUGACUCUGAGGACAGAGAUCAGGCUGAUUAUCAGAACUUUCCGGUAAAUGGAAGCCCCGUUGUGGGAGAGGAGCCACAAAAGACAGGUCUCAGAUCCUACAUAAAAGUGUGUGCUGGAGUGGAGGUGCAAAACAAUUCAUUUGACAACCCAGACUACUGGCACAGCAGACUGUUCCACAAGCAGGAUGCCGUUUGCACAUGAUUAUUGACUUCAUCUGACUAUCAUAAACAAUCUGAUGGAUCAGUGGUGCAAACAGAAUGGACUGACAAACUCAGCAAGUUUCUAAGGACUUAUAUCUAACAUGUGUUUAGUAUAUGAACAUAUACAUUUAUGCUAAUAUGUCACCAAAAAUUAUAUUUUAUUAUAGUAUAAAAUCACUUGUCUUGUUGAAGAUUGGCCUACCUCCACUUGUUUGUUCAACACCUGUGGUUUUGUAUAGAUUUAGGUUAGAUUUUUAAGA